AUGCGAGAUAAUCGAGUAAUAAAACGUUAUAAUCUCAUUUCUUCAUCUCCAAGACAUAUUGAAGGAGGUAUCGAUAUCAACAGAUUCGAACAAAUGGAUUUGCAUCGACCGUUAUCAGUGACACGACAAAGUUUCCAUAGUCUGCCAACGAUUCCUCAAAAGACAAUGGAUCCGAAGUUUAUCAUUGUACUCUUUUGUGUCGAAGCUGGUGCAUUGGUGUUCAACAGUAUUCAUGCUAAAGCACCUGAACUUCAUAUCUAUAAGUCUUACAACAAAGAACCAGUGAUUUACAAUUUUUCUUCGCGUAUUUACUCUUGCUUUACUACGGUGAAUUAUUGUAUUUAUGAACACAAACAACUCCGAUUUCUAAAAGCGAUUCAUCUAAUCUUUAUUUCUAUCAUUGUCAUCUGUUACUUCUGUUUGAUCACAAUCGUUUUCCGUAAAUGGGAAAACUCCAAAGUUCGACAUGAUCUCGGUAUCACAUGGUACGGAGCGAUUCAACUACUCGUGUUGUUAACCUUAGCAUUGCAUACACUUCUGAUGGUCAUUCUUUAUGAACGAGAUAAUUCCAAUAUUAAACAAUGCAAUAUUGAGAGUCACUUGGUGCGUGCGGAAAACUUGUUUACGUAUGUGGUGCUUAGUAUGCUGGAAAUAGCUUACAUUGGCUUUGAUAUAUUGAAUCGACAAGCAUCGAUUCAUGCUUUACAUCAAGACUUUGAAUAUCGUGCUCGACAGGCUGAACAACCACCGCCAUCAGAAGACUACACUUACCGUUUUAGACGGAAUUUAUCACCGACUGAAAGCUUUGAAAGUGUUGAUCAAGAAUUCAAAUCGGAUCUGGCUGAUUGA